AUGACAGAAGAAUCGGUGAAAAACGGUCAGGAGAAUGGCCAUGGUGAAGGUGAUACUAAACCGAGGACUCCAUCUGAAAUGACCAGUAAAGAUUAUUACUUUGACUCCUAUGCUCAUUUUGGAAUCCAUGAAGAGAUGUUGAAAGACGAGGUCAGAACCCUCACAUACAGAAAUGCUGUCUAUCACAAUCAACAUCUCUUCAAAGACAAAGUCGUGAUGGACGUGGGCAGUGGAACUGGAAUCUUGUCAAUGUUUGCCGCUAAAGCUGGAGCCAGAAGAGUGUUUGCUGUGAGUUACUUUUAUUUUCUGUAUUGGAAUUUUAGGCUGGGUUUUUUAUCCAUUUAUUUUUUUAUUCAGUUUCACUGUAAAUGAUAAUUUUAAGAUUGAAUUUUCAAAUAUGGCCGUACAAUCCAGACAAAUAAUCAAAGACAAUGGGCUUGACAACAUCAUAGAAGUUAUUCAAUGCAAAGUAGAAGAAAUUAAAGAGCUUCCUGAGGGUAUCGAGAAGGUAGACGUUAUUAUUAGUGAAUGGAUGGGAUACUGUUUGUUCUACGAGAGUAUGUUGAACACUGUUCUGUAUGCCAGAGACCGAUGGUUGGCUCCUGAUGGUGCUCUUUUCCCUGACCGAGCGAAGAUGUUUAUUCAAGCCAUCGAGGAUCGGCAAUACAAAGAUGAUAAGAUAAACUGGUACGUUGUUUGAAUAGUGUAAAUGUUUAGAGAAUUGCGUGGGCAUUGUUGUAUUUUUAGGUGGAAUAAUGUGUACGGUUUCAAUAUGUCCUCAAUCAGGAAUAUUGCCAUCACCGAACCUCUUGUUGAUGUUGUAGAUUAUGCCCAGACUGUGACGAAUAACUGUUUAAUCAAAGUAAGUGCCAAUUGCUAUUAAUAAUAUGCUCUUAGGACAUCGAUCUUUACACUGUGAAAGUAUCCGACCUUGCUUUUGAAUCCGAGUUUGAACUGCGUGCCUGCCGAGAUGAUUAUAUCCAAGCUCUGGUCACCUUCUUCACCGUGGAAUUUAUGAAAUCUCACAAAAGGACAGGAUUCUCGACUGGGCCGGACUCAAAAUACACCCAUUGGAAGCAGACCGUCUUUUACUUGAAGGACUCGAUUACGAUAAAGAAGGAUGAGAAAGUGAAGGGAACUUUUAAAAUGAAUCCAAAUGAAAGAAAUCCUCGUGAUAUGGAUUUCAAGAUCUCCAUCGACUUCCAGGGACAGCUCUCGGAAUUACACGAAAGUAACAGUUAUCUAAUGCACUAA